GCUCUUUUCCUUUUUUUUCCUUUGAGGAAAAAGUCGUGGAAAAGCGUUUUGUUUUUUUAAGCGACUCGUGAUGUUACUUUAGAAUAAGAUUAUAUGUGAUGAAUUAUUAACGGGGACUUUGGUACUUUGUGGGCUGUUUGACGCCACGCUGAGGUUAUUGGAGCUGCUGCAGACUGGAAGGCGGAAGAAGAAGGAAUUCCAGCGGAAAAAAACACCAGCCAUGGAUCAGAGAUGCUCUGGAUUUAUUUCGGAACAGAUUUGUUAUAGCAGUCGAUAUAACUGGAACACACGCUCUGAUUUAGAGGCGUUAUAAACUUAUUCUUAUCCGGUUUCUCCUAUUAAUGCCGUAAAUAAAAUUAAAAAUAAAAAACGGUUAGUAAGUGAUAUUCAAAAUGGCGGCGUCGUGGCCCUUCCUCCCCCAGGCCAUGUUUAUGAUGUUACUGAGUGCUGCUGUGAGCCUGGACCCGUGUCCGGCAGCCUGUAUCUGUUCACAAACUUCAGACGGGACCAAACUUUUGGACUGCAGUCGGAAAACGCUGUCUGAUCCUCCUGUGGGAAUCCCAGCAUGGGUCACUCAUGUGUCUUUGAAUCAUAAUGAGCUCUCAGGUGUGCCUUUUCUUGGAGAUGUUUCAUCAAACAUCACUGUGUUAUCCUUGGUUUAUAACCGAAUCUCUGAAGUGGUGGCCGAACAGCUUCUGCCCUAUUCAGUCCUGGAAAGCCUGGAUCUGAGCUCCAACUCUAUAUCCGAGCUGAAAGCUGGAUCAUUUCCUCUUAUGCAGCUAAAAUACCUGAAUCUGAGCAACAACAAAAUCAGCUAUCUAGAACCAGAUUGCUUUAACAACAUCAGCUCGCUGCUGGUGCUGAAGAUUAACAGGAACCGUCUAUCACUACUGCCCACUAAAGUCUUCACCCUAUUUCAACUGCAAAUUCUGGAGUUAAAACGCAAUAAGAUCAGAGUUGUAGACAGUUUAAUCUUUAAGGAACUGAAGGCUCUAAAGUCUCUGAAGAUGCAGAGAAAUGGCAUCACAAAGCUGAUGGAUGGAGCUCUUUUUGGACUUGCUGAUAUGGAGGAACUGGAGCUGGAACACAAUAACCUCACUGAGUUAAAUAAGGGUUGGCUGUACGGCCUGCAUAUGCUUCGUGUACUCCGACUCAGCCACAAUAACAUUGGUCUCAUCCGAGCCGACGCCUGGGAGUUCUGCCGCCGCCUGGAAGAUCUAGAUCUGUCCUAUAAUCACUUAAGUCGUCUGGAGGACUGGGCUUUCUCUAGCCUCGGGUUGUUGCAGAAUCUAAAUCUGGGCGAAAAUCGCAUCAUGCACCUGGGGGAAGGAGUUUUCGACAACCUGGCAAACGUCCGCAUGCUGGAUAUCCGCAGCAAUGACAUCUCUCUUGUUAUUGAGGACACAGUCAGUUUGUUUGCGGGAAUGAAAAACCUCAACACAUUAGUACUUCAGAGGAACAACAUCAGAACCAUCACAGAGAAGGCCUUUGAGGGUCCAAAGGAACUAGAGCAUCUAGAUUUGAGUAAGAACCGGAUCAUCUCUAUUCACCCCGAGGCAUUGUCUCACUUAAAACUGAAGUCCCUUCAUUUGAACACCAGUGGUCUCCUCUGUGACUGCAAUCUGAAGUGGCUCAGCCGGUGGCUAAUUGACAGCCUUUUUCAGCAGCCAUGCACCGCUGUGUGUGCAUAUCCUGCCCCAUUGGCAGGCAGGAGUGUCUUUAAUGUCCCCCAAGAAGGAUUUGUCUGUGAUGGCUUCUCUCGGCCACAGAUUACUGGGAACCCCAGGACUGUGGUGGCGCUGCGUGGCACCAAUGUCACUCUCAACUGCUCUGCCUUCAGCACUAGUGACUCCUCAAUGAACGCCACCUGGAGGAAAGACAAAGAGGUGCUGUCUGAUGCGCAGGUGCAAAACUAUGCACGCUACCAGGACCAGCAGCUCAUUUACACCAGCAUGCUCCAUCUACUUAACGUUAACUUCACCGAUGAAGGACACUAUCAGUGCGUAAUCUCCAACAGCUUUAGCUCCAACUACUCCGCUGAGGCUAAAGUGACGGUCAAUGAGCUGCCCUCCUUCCUGAAGACGCCUAUGGAUCUGACGAUCCGGACUGGCACCGUGGCACGUUUGGAGUGUGCGGCAGAGGGACACCCUCCACCCCAGAUUGCCUGGCAGAAGGAUGGGGGCAUCAACUUUCCUGCUGCCCGUGAGAGAAGGAUGCAUGUCAUGCCAGAAGACGACAUGUUUUUUAUCGCCAACGUGAAGGCAGAGGACAUGGGCGUGUACAGCUGCACUGCCAAAAACGAGGCGGGGAGUCUGUCAGCUAAUGCCACACUCACUGUUUUGGAAACGCCAUCAUUUCAGCGCCCUCUAGAGGAUCGUACAGUGGCACGUGGUGAGACUGCUGUUCUUCAGUGCAUAGCCCGUGGGAGCCCCGCUCCCCGCUUGAAUUGGACAAAAGAUGACGGCCCGUUGCUGUUGACGGAGCGUCACUUUUUUGCAGCAGCCAAUCAGCUGCUUAUUAUCGUGGAUGCCAGGUCUGCAGAUGCAGGGAAGUACACCUGCAUUAUGUCCAACACACUCGGAACGGAGCGCGGACACAUUUACCUCAGCGUCUCAUCCUCUCCUAACUGUGAGCCGGCUAGCGGUGGCUACGACCCGGAUGGCUGGACUACAGUGGGCAUUGUGGUGAUGGUGGUUGUGUGUUGUGUGGUGGGCACGUCUCUGGUUUGGGUGAUAGUCAUCUACCACAUGAGACGCAAGAGUGAGGACUACAGCAUCACUAACACAGAUGAAAUGAACCUGCCAGCGGACAUCCCCAGUUAUCUGUCAUCCCAGGGCACGCUGUCUGAACCUCAGGAAGGCUACAGCAACUCUGAGGCAGGAAGUCAUCAGCAGCUCAUGCCCUCCCUGACUAAUGGCUAUGCUCAUAAAGGAACUGAUGGUGUGUGUUAUGGUGAUGUGGGAGGAGAGAUAGAUCCAGAGACUAGUGGGAUGCUGGGUAAUCGUGUCGGGUCUCUGUUUGCUGGACGAAGCAGCUUCCAUCCGGGCGAGACGAGGGAAAAUCUAGCGCACGUGUCCAAUGGUCUGUGGUCAUGCGGCACGGCCCCGUUGGUCAUCUGCUCAGACUGUUACGACAACGCUAACAUCUACUCUCGCACACGGGACUACUGCCACUACUCCUAUCUGAGUGAAGAUGAUGCUCUGGAUGCCCAGCUACCCAGAGACACAGGUAGAGAGGGGCAGCACGAUGAUACAAUGAUCACCCCGGACACUCAGGAGACCCAACACCAUGUCUUACACCACUACAGAAGCAAAGAUAUUCCAAGCAGAUCGUUUUGGAGCGGAGUAGACCCUCAUUCCUCCGAGUUGCCCCAAGGCUCAGUGACUGUACACAAGCCACCAACGGCUCCCUCUAAUGGGAACGAGCAUGAGGAUAGAAUAGGAGGGCUAGAGGAAGCCUCAUACAGGACUAACUCUCAGGAUCACAACCCACCGAACACAUAGAGCCCAAAAAACACCCAGCAUUUACGCCCUGCUCAGCGCGCCCUACAAUCCCACUACCUCUUCCAAGAAAACUCGUACUCUGUCAAAAAAAGAAAAAAAGAAUCCCAAAUUCUAUUUUCUUCUGUGUUUACAUCCUGUCACGUCUCCUCGUUGGAUCCUGCUGGUGUGUGUUUCUUGAGAACAACCUUUUCUAGGACAAGGUGAUGAUCCUCCCCAUGAUUCUAUGCACACUAAUCCUCUGUUAUUAGUUAAGACUCUGAAUGUAAUGUUUCUUGUAAAGAGUCUUUCUCACUCUGCCUUUUAUCUUAAAGAUUUUUUUUUGCCCUUUCAUCCCCUACUGUGGUGAACACAAACUCCCAUGUGUAUGCCAAAGUAUUGAGCCAGCCCUCUUUUAUGCUGCACUGGCUUUAAAAAAAAAUUCUUAUACGAAUUAAUUCUGUUGAAUAGUCGUUAUGAAUUAAUAGAGAAAUGUCGAAAAUACAUAGGAGGUCAGGCAGUCAGAGAUGGAGACGAUUAUCCAUUCUGCAUUACUUUUUCCUUUUAGUUGCAUCGUGAAAGGUGACCGGGAACAUUUUUUGCUUUAUUACAGUUGGAGGCCGUUCCCCUGCUUCCUAUCCAGUAUUAUAAAACGAAGUUUUAUCUGUUGUUUGUUGUUUGUUUCAAAGUGCUUUUCACAAAGACAGACGUACCCCAUUCCCUCUUUGUUUAAAAAAAAACAUUGCAACAGUUGCAACGUUGACAAUCGAGCUAAAGCAGUUUUACAGGGUCCUCCACACGGAAUAGAGUCCAUGACCACGUUCCCCCCCAAAUACGAUGCAUUCCUAUAUUUUUUGACUAUUUGUAUCCAGUUCUGUAGCUAUUACUAUGGCUCUUCCCUUCACUGUACUGAUAAAUGUAUGUACCAGUUCCUCCCAUGCAUUUUGAAGCCUAUAGGGCACUUAAAGUGUGUAUCAGACAUGGUUUAUUGCUCUGUCUAAUUCUGAAUUUUAUUUGUACAAUUGGCCUUGAGCUGAUUACCAGAUCAGAUAUCUGUAACACAGAUCAGUUUUUAAUACUCUUAAAGAUGGCCGCACUACUAAGCACCACUAAGGCAUCCGAGUCAGUGACAGCAUCGGGUACGUUCAUAACAGCGACGACGUCAGUGUUAUCAUGUUCAGCAUGAUGCACAAGACUGCAGAGAUAAAUUCCAUUUAAAGUAAAAACCCAGCGCUUAUAUAUUUAGUUUGGUCUGUUAUUCCCAUCACUGCUAAAUUGUAUGUGUCUGAAAUCUACUUCUGUAAUUUAACAGUGCUGUAGUGAGGGACACUACUUAGAGAAUCAGCUUACAGAAAUAUAUCACCAUGAAAUAAGCUGUAUGUUUGGACCAGAAACAAAACAAUUCCUCUCCUUAGCGGCCGAUUUUGUCCCGGCCGUUAACACUUUGUCUAUAGUACGUAGACAGACGUUCGUUACAGAAUGCCACAUUCUUUCUAUCUUUCUUUUUUCUGUGAUUGUCUGAUUUCACCCACACUUGGUACAAUCCUAUAAAUGCUGCACAUCCAACAGGUGGAUAAUGUGUUCCAAAGAGUUUGUGUGUUACCGAGUAUGAGUGUGAAAAAAAAAGAAUGAAAGACUGAGAGAAAACUGAGGUACUCUAACAUGUAAUUGUAAAAUGUAUGUAUUGUGCAAUGCACUACAGCAUUACGUCACUACAGCUAGAUACAGUAUGUAUCGGUUAUGUGUUCUGUUGUAUUUAUUUAAAGUUUGAAUCAGUUCUAA